GUCAUGGCGGCGUACAGAAUCACUCCAGCCCUGCAAAGAGUUUUACAUGCAGUAAAGCAUGUCUCAUUCCAUUCGAGGUGCUGCGUUGUCACCUGCCGUGCUCAGUACUCAACUGUGUACGACCCAAAUGAAAAGACCUUUGAUAAGAUCCUCAUUGCAAACAGAGGGGAAAUCGCCUGCAGGGUAAUUAAAACCUGUAAGAAGAUGGGAAUCAAGACUGUAGCCGUGCACAGCGAUGUGGACUCCAGCGCGGUUCACGUGAAGAUGGCGGACGAGGCUUUUUGUGUGGGUCCUGCCCCCACUAGCCAAAGCUACCUCAACAUGGACGCCAUCAUGGAGGCUAUCCGCACCACCGGAGCUCAGGCUGUACACCCAGGUUACGGGUUUCUCUCCGAAAACAAAGAGUUUGCCCGGAGACUGGCCGACGAAGGGGUCACGUUUAUUGGCCCCGACACACACGCCAUACAGGCUAUGGGUGACAAGAUAGAGAGCAAAUUAAUCGCCAAAGCCGCGAAAGUCAACACCAUCCCCGGCUUCGACGGAGUGGUCAAGGAUGCAGAAGAGGCAGUGAAGAUUGCAGGGGAGAUUGGUUAUCCCGUCAUGAUUAAGGCGUCCGCCGGCGGCGGAGGUAAAGGCAUGAGGAUAGCCUGGAAUGACGAGGAGACCAGGGAAGGGUUCCGUUUCUCCUCCCAGGAAGCUGCGUCCAGUUUUGGGGACGACCGUCUGCUCAUUGAGAAAUUCAUCGAUAACCCCAGACACAUCGAGAUCCAGGUUUUGGCAGAUAAACAUGGCAAUGCCCUGUGGCUGAAUGAGAGGGAGUGCUCCAUCCAGAGGAGAAAUCAGAAAGUGGUGGAGGAGGCACCCAGUACGUUUCUGGAUCCUGAGACAAGGCGUGCUAUGGGAGAACAAGCCGUCUCUCUGGCCAAAGCGGUGAAGUACUCCUCAGCCGGUACUGUGGAGUUCCUCGUCGACUCCCAAAAGAACUUUUACUUCCUUGAGAUGAACACACGCCUGCAGGUGGAACAUCCGAUCACAGAAUGCAUCACCGGACUGGAUCUAGUGCAGCAGAUGAUCCGCGUUGCCAAGGGUUACAAGCUCGAGCACAAACAGGAAGACAUCCCCAUUAACGGCUGGGCUAUCGAGAGCAGAGUUUACGCUGAGGACCCGUACAAGUCGUUUGGCCUUCCCUCCAUCGGACGACUGUCCCAGUACGAGGAGCCGGUGGACCUGCCCAAUGUUCGAGUAGACAGCGGAAUCCAAGAGGGAAGUGACAUCAGCAUCUAUUACGACCCCAUGAUCUCCAAACUGGUCACAUAUGGUUCUACACGAGCUGAGGCACUGAAGAAAAUGGAAGACGCGCUUGACAAUUAUGUCAUCAGAGGUGUGACCCAUAACAUUCCUCUGCUCAGAGAGAUCAUUGUCCAUCCUCGUUUUGUCUCCGGCGACAUCAGCACCAAGUUCCUCCCUGAGGUGUACCCCGAAGGGUUCAAAGGUCAUCAGCUCAGCGUUGCCGAGCGACGGGAGCUCCUAGCAACUGCCGCCUCGCUCUACAUCGCGGCUCAGCUCCGCUCGCAGAAGUUCCUCGGAAACCUGAGGGUGUCUAACGCCCCUCAGGAGCGGCGGAGUUGGGAGUUGUGUGUGGAGUUGGAUCAGGGCGUCCACAUGCUGUCCGUGUCCCGCUCUGGAAACAGUUACACAGUGGAGAUCGAUGGAGAGAAAGUAGAGGUGCAGGGAGACUGGAACCUGGCCUCUGUUCUCCUGCCCGUCACCGUUAACGGCACACACAGGACCCUACAGUGCCUGUCUAGAAAUGCAGCAGGAGAGAUCAGUCUGCAGUAUUUGGGCACUUCAUAUAAAGUACGUGUGUUGAGCAGACUGGCUGCGUCUCUGAAUAAACACAUGCCAGAGAAGGUUCCAGAAGACACCAGCAGUAUCCUGCGCUCACCUAUGCCUGGCACUGUGGUGGCAGUGUCUGUCAAACCUGGCGAUACGGUUGCAGAGGGACAGGAGAUAUGUGUUAUAGAAGCAAUGAAGAUGCAGAACAGUAUGACUGCUGCUAAGACUGCCAAGGUGAAGAGUGUUCACUGCAAACCUGGAGAAACCGUAGGAGAGGGUGAUCUACUGGUGGAACUGGAGUAAACAAAAACACCACGUUAGCCUUCAUCGCUUUUCACCCCCCCUACAGUAGGACAGAGACAAAGAGAGAGAGAGAGAGCACCAAACCACGUGGAAAACAAACCAACAAACGAGACACUAGUCGACUAGAUAGAACAUUCCCCUUGUUUUGUUUUUGUUUCACUUUCGUUUUUCUUCCAUUUCUUCCACGGUCCGUUUGGUAUCACACUCACACAUUUCCUUUGUUUGUUUGUUUGUUUGUUUGUUUGUUUCCCGCGUUGGACAUUGCGUGCGGGUAACUGUGCUCUCCACGUCUGUGCCUUGGCCUGUUUCUCUCCGGGCUCCCGUGUGACAUACGUACAUUUCCUCACCUCGAGGGUCGUUCGCGACGCGUCAGCGUCUUUUACAGCCGACGUGCAUCGCUGUCUCACUACACACUGCGGUUAAACACAGCUGUCGUCGUAUAAAACCGGACUCACGUUUUCACCACUUCUUCUCACGUGUUUUUUCUUGUUUUGUUUAGUUUUUGUUUUUUUUGUCUUCCUGUAGAAUUAGGUGGCUAUGGAUAGCUUAGUUUUACAUCAUACAUGUGUUUUUGCUAAAUUGGACCUGUAGAAUAGGACUUUUUUUUUUCCCUCAGUUGGAUUCAAACGGCAAUCCUAUAUUUUCUUGAUUUUUCUUUUUUUUUUCCUCUUUUGCCCCAAUACCCCUUUUUAAUGACUCAAGAUGGCCACAGUGUGCAUAAGUAGAGGUUGAGACAUUUUCUGUUCUUUCCCCUGUGCAUCCAAACGCACAUAAGCAGUAAAAUGGUAGCACUUGAAUGUUCAAAUUGAGGGUAGCUGAAUGCUGUCAGUAAGGACAAAGAAGCUGGAACGACUCCACAUAACAGCUUUUCACACUGGUCUUGGUAUAGCCCUGUGUGUGUGUGUGUGUGUGUGUGUGUGUGUGUGUGUGUGUGUGUGUAUGUGUGUGUCCACUGUGUAUAAACACAUCAGGAAUCAAAUCCGUUAUGAGCAGACAUGAGAAAGACUGGCAGAAACGAACAGAGAUAUUUUCAGAUAGGACUGAGGGUGACCGUAGGAUCAACAUGUAACGUAUUGAAUACGGAUCAAUGAUGUUUCUGGUCGAAGACCAACCUGUCACUCAAUCUGUGUCCUCUCUGUUUUAACAGAGUCAUUCAAACCCAGGAACUAUGUCUGUAAAAUGUUUUUGGAAUGAUUUUUUCCUUUUGUAAUAAUAAACAAAUAAUA